AUGUCUGACAUCGCGGCUGUCGUUUGUGUUGUGGAUUCAUCCUACCUCCUAGCUUCAGAGUGGCCGCAGACUCUCCAGGAAUAUGUAAUUCCCCUGUUGCAGCGUAUGAGUGACCUAUCUUCCAGCCGCAAGCUGCUCAUUGGCUACGUGAGUUAUGCUACUGCGGAAACGAGACCUAUUCCUUUGCUGGCAAGAGUGUUCUUCGGGUCUGCUACAACUCUCGUAAAAGACCUACACGAGGACCCGAUCAAGAUGGGCAUAGGCCAGACAGGUACCGGAGGCUCUAAGGGAAUGGCUGCGCUGGAAGGUCUCGUUGCCGCAGUGGAGCUAUUUGACACCCUGCGGAAGUCGGUGGAGGCGUCGGCUUGUCAUAUAGUGCACAUUGCAGCAGGGGCUCCGGACUCUGCACAGAAACCUCUCUGGAACACCUCCCCCAGCAUGGACUCGGUCAAUUGGAACACCUUGCCGUCGGAGCUGCAAAAGAGGAAAAUUAGUUACAGUAAUAUCCUUCUGGCGAAGUUGCCACAACUUUCAGAGUUUCACACAGCUGCAGCAGUCGGAUUGUCUCAGAAACCCUGGUUUGUGGUACGACCUCACCAUGCUCUUCGUCUAACAGGUUUUCCGUCGCCUCAGCAAAAAGGCGUCAAACGGUCACAUGAAGGAACACCUAACGCAGAGCGCACACCAGAAGCUAAGCGCACACGUGUCCAAUCUCAUCCCGGUCGGAUGUCUUCAAAAUCAGCACAACCAGCACCACAUCGCGACGCUUCUCCACAACCUGAUCUCACUCAUCACGCACUUGUACCUGCACCUGCCGCUGCACCUAUGCCGGCACCCCCUCCUGCUUCUGCCUCUACUCCUGCUUCUGGUUCUCCAGCAUCACGGAGUUCCCACAGUGCUCAGGUGCCUCGGAUUACUGGUGUCUCCCCGGAACAGCUACAGGUGAUGAGGGACCGUUUGGUGCAGACUCGCACGCACCUUGAGCAGAGGGUGCAGUUGAUGCAGGAGCAUCUCAACGCUGGGCGACUCCAGGAGGCGGAGGCCCUCAGGGCCCAGAUUCAGAAGGAAGCGCAGCAGUUCAACAAGCUCAAGUACUACGUGGAACUUCACGUACGCGCAGCUCAAGCCGCUUCGCAGCAACCAAAUUCACAGACGCAACAUGGUGGAAACGUGGCCAACAGCACGAAUACAUCCGUGCCACCUUCUAUAUCAAGCGGAAACGCAGGACUUCAGCCGGCUCCUGCAGCUCCUCAGAUGCCGCCAUCCACAUCAUUUUCCCCUGAUUCCGGUCCGUAUCUCAACAACGAACUACCGUCUUCUAACCCUCCAGUGCAAGGGGUUCCCCAGCCUAUGUUGUCUGGGUCGCAAUCCACGCAGCCGGCUCACAAUACCAAUAAUCCCGUCAGCGGGCAACAGUUGCCUCACGGCAUGCAUCUGCCUAGCAGCGUUUCACCGCAAAUAGCGACACAAAUGCAGAAGCUAAUCGAACAGCAGCGGAAUAGGGCACACGCGCAAUCGUCAAUCCCUCCCACACAGAUACUCCCCGAACGAGCAUCGGUCCCAGGUGUUGCGGGUCCGCAACAAAGCAGACAGAUUGUCCCUGACUCGGCUCAUCGCACUUUGAUCUGGCGAGGGUUUGAAUCACAGCAUGAAUUCCAAACACAAGUAGUCAUCCGUGUUGUAGACCAUGCUGAACAUUGGCGAUCUGAAUUUUGGCCACCCAUUCUGACGUUAACACCGUCGGAAAGGGAGGCAGUACCCGUGGAGGUUCUGCAAGAUUGGCUGAAAACACAAGACAUUGUUCUCAUUCAAGUUGCUCCUGCAAAUCAAAUCGCAGACCAUGAAGCAAACAGUAACAAGCUAGGCGGGCUCCAGAACCUUCUGAUAGACAAACGGUAUGCGGUCGGUAUGUGUGGCGGUCCCAAUGGCUUGCCCAAGAUGCGCCUGCUCAUCUUCCCAUUGAGGACAAAUACGAUGGGACCUGCAUUCGCAGCUGCAUAUUUCUAUCAGCCGAGUGGAAUGCCUGAAACACCGAGGCCAAGUGUCUGUGGUAUCCGGUUGACGAAGUGCCCUGUGGGUAUUGCACGAGUGCUUGCAAAGCUACUCCCCGAGCAAGAGGCACAGUAUGAGUCUUUGACGAGGGACCAGCGUCUUCAAUGGAUACAAGGAUUGCAUCAGCGUCAAGUUCAGCUGGACCACCAGCAACAACAACACCGGCAGCAACAACUGCAGCUACUUCAGCAACAGCAGCAGCAGCAAUUCCUCGUUCAAUAUAUUCAGCAGACACAGUCGGGCCAACAACAACCGCCUACUCUUUCUAAUAUGAAUCCGGCGUUACCAUUCUUCCCCGGAGGACAGGGACAAGGUGGCGGAGUCAUGAACGCGUACGCAAACCCAGCGUCUCAGCAACAACCAUCGAAUCCUAUGGGGAUGAACUUCACCCCUCAGACGCAAUCUCUCGGUAUGUCAGUGGGCAUGCACCAACGGACUGCGAGCGGUGGCGCACCGAAUGGCGUUAGCUCCGAGAUGUUGCAGUCAUUCAUGCAACGUAACCAAGAGGGGAUGGGGGGUGGCAUAGGGUCAUGA